AUGGCGAAUACCACCAGCAAUACCUCGUUUGCAACACCAAUUUUCUACGACCCUUCCAAACAUCAACACAUCCUCGCCCAGAUUGCCGACAUUCACCACGAUUGUGUGAUCCACGAUGCCAUGCCGCUUAGCAUUCUCGACGUGUCAAAUCGUUCCAAGCUCGACCAGUACUGGCUGACGAAGCACGCAGAGGUCGAAGAUGGCAAACGUGUCAUCGUACUCCAAUUCGUUACCGAUGCGAGUGGUAACGAGGAGUUGGCCGGACUGGGAAGCUUGCAUGUGCCUGGAGAGGAGACAGGUCCUUUUCGAAGUUGGAUUGAGAAGCUCAUGGUGAGCCCUCGACAUCGGCGGAAGGGGUUUGCGAGGCGCCUGAUGGACAAGCUCGAGGAGGCGGCCGUGGAACGAAACGCAGGCUUAAUACAACUUGGAACCGAGUCUGGCACACCAGCAGCGGAAGUGUAUCCUCGACUCGGAUACAAAGCUUGGGGUGUGUUGCCCAGAUAUUGUGUAUCUCCAAAGGAUGGCAGCUUGAUGGAUGAGAUUCACUUUUACAAAGAUCUUAGGGAUGAGUAA